UGUGCUUUGUUUUCCACCCAUCGCCCAGUUCAUUUUUACGUGCCUUGCCAUGUUUAGCGGUCUGUGCAUGAUAUUGUGGCGGUUGGUGUUGGUGUGGGUUUGUGCUUACGUUGCCUGAUACAUUCUCAAUGCCAAUCAAUUUGUGAUACCUAGGCCCCUUUUUUUCCCUUCUAAUUCGAUUCCGUGACUGCCGCGAUUAUCUGCGCCUUAAUGUGCAAUAAAGUGAUAUUUUCAGUAUUUGUCCUUAACCCUCAUGAACCUGAAGGUUUUUUUUUUUUUUUAAGUCGAAUUUGUGGUCUCUAGGUUUUUACCGCAUUCUUUGAAGUAUUUCGGUUUUUAGUUCAGUAAGCGUUUUGAAAGGCAAUGCAAUUAGUUUUAAAUGGGGAAAGGUAGACCGUAAAAAUUGGAGUUCAAAUGACUGUACCUUAACAUUAUGUUUCUUCCAGAUGCCUGGCGCGUCAAGACGGAGGCAGAGCAGUGCGGCAGCCCUCCUGCAGGUGGACGCAGCGCCGAGGACCCAGGACAGGAGGCUUUUGACGGGUUGGAGGCUGAGGAGCCGUGGCUGCACAUCGACGCCACCUUCUCGCUCGCCUCUGGAGUCGGCCACGCCAAGCAGGACUCCGCGGCCAGCGGCACGGCUGGGGACGGAGGGGCGGACCGCGCUGUCGCCUCGCAGUGUGCGGAGCGUGGAGCGGCCUUGGAUGCCGAGGCGGGCCUGGAGAAGCACCUCGCAGCGCGCGGCAAGCGGCACGCCUGCCAACACUGCGGCAAGGACUUCGGCUGUGCGUCCAAACUUGAAGUGCAUUCUAGAACCCACACUGGGGAGAAGCCUUACGAGUGCAAAGUGUGUGGGAAGAAGUUCUCGGUGUCCUGCAAUUUGACCAGUCAUGAAAGGAUCCACACUGGGGUGAAGGCUUUCCAGUGCAAGGUGUGUGAAGUGAAGUUUACCCUAUCGGGCGAUUUGAAGGCGCACGAAAGGAUCCACACUGGGGAGAAGCCUUUCCAGUGCAAAGUGUGUGGAAAGAAGUUUGCGCUUUCGGGCAAUUUGUCCCAGCAUGAAAGGACCCACACUGGGGAGAAGCCUUUCCAGUGCAAAGUGUGUGGGAAGAAGUUUACCCAAUCUGGCCAUUUGUUGACGCAUGAAAGGCUGCACACUGGGGAGAAGCCUUUCCAGUGCCAAGUGUGCGAGAAGCGGUUCAACCAGAGGUCUCAUCUUGCCAAGCACAGGAAGACCCACGCUAAGAAGAAGCCAGUUUAGUCCUAAUGCACGUAGUUAUUGUAUGCGUUUGGACGUUCGCCAAAGCGGCCUGCCUCGGGUGUUCAAACUUCUUGUGGUUCAAUUUAAGGACAGGCUUUUCGGUUCAAAUAUUGUAGGUGUAAUUUCUGUCCACCCCAGGUAGAGGUCAUUUGACUGCGCCUCUGACCUGUGUUUAAACACACACUGAAUUCUCAAUUUUGUUUUGUUACGAGCUAGUAACAGUUUUGUGUUCUGCUUAAUCUUCCGACAAAACUGUAACUUUUAACUGAUUCUUGUGACUAACAGUUCUUUUCCUACUCUUUUCUUACUUGUUCUUUCUCUAUUUGGUAAUCAAAAUGUUUUUGCCCCGUGUACUUUGAAAACGUUUUGACCUGUAUUAUAUUCAUUACGGACUGGCUGGGUUGGAAUAUGAUGUAUUUUCUUUGUUGGCUGUUGAUUGUAUUGGGAUGCUAAAGUUUUGUCCUUUUUCGAGUGAUUUAUUGUCAAUUAAAAGUUUUGUUACUUUCUACUUC